CCACGCACUCGCGCACACACACUUGGCUGAAAGUUUCGGAGUUGUUUCUCAGGCCAAACGCAAGCAAGCAGAGAGAACAGAACAGAAACAGAAGAACACAGAACCUUUCUCUGUCUAGAUUUACACACUGAGGGGGGUGAAAAAAGUAAAUAUCAACAGACACGCGCUUUUUAAAACUCCGCGUUUUAAAGAUGCGGUCUGAUUUCUGUAUCUAUUCCACAUCUUUUUUCCGACAUAUGACGCACUGGAGAAACUGAAACUGGAUGUUACAGAAGGAUCUGUUGGAGAACAUUGUUGUUUUCUUUGGAUUAUCAAAAUGCGCAUUUUCUUUAGUGAUGUCAAAAAGUCGGCCGACGUUUGGCGCGCAAGCGAGAGAAGCUCCUCUGCUGGAGUAAAAACUAUUUUGGAGUUUUGCGUCCAGAUCUAAUUCUCUCUCUCUCUCUCUCUCUCUCUCUCUCUUUCUCUCUCUCUCUCUCGUUUUCCUUGUUUUUGCACGUUUUCCACAUUUUUUUCUUUUGCGUAAAGUUAUGCGGUGCGCACGGGACGCGUGGAAGGAUGCUGCUGCUUCUGCUUCUACAAUGGAAAUGAAGAGCACUUUAGCAGCCGUGCUUUUGCUUUUGUUUGUACUCUUUUGUCCCGCUUUCAGCCAAGAACUCAAUCCCAAGGGCCGGAACGUAUGCAGGGUACCAGGGACUCCGGGGUUUGCGUGUUGCAGUGGAUGGGCACAACAAGGAGACGAGUGUUUGACACCUCUCUGCGAGGGAAACUUCACUUGCAAGGAGAACGAGGUGUGUGUCCGACCAAACGAGUGCCGCUGCCGUCAUGGAUAUUUUGGAGCGAGCUGUGACACCAAGUGUCCUGCUCAAUUCUGGGGUCCCGACUGCAAAGGCAAAUGCACGUGUCACCCUAACGGCAAGUGCGAUGAUGUAACAGGCAAGUGCACAUGCCACCCAAAUCGCUGGGGCGAGUACUGUGAGAAACCGUGCCCAUGCCAGAAAGGCAAGUGUGACCAGGAGACUGGAAAGUGCACAUGCCAUACCGGCUUUUGGGGUCCGCACUGCAGCAACAACUGCUACUGCAGCCUAAACUCAGUGUGUGACCAGAGCACCGGCCGCUGCCUGUGCUCUCCGGGGUGGUACGGGCGCAACUGCGGUGCCCAGUGUGCCUGCAAUAACUCCCCAUGUGAGCAGUUCACCGGCCGAUGCCAAUGCCGUGAUCCUAUGUGGGGCCCAAACUGCGAUCGAUACUGUCAGUGCGCGCACGGGAAAUGCAACCAGGCAGACGGUUCCUGCACCUGCAAACCAGGCUACAGGGGCAAAUACUGCAGGGAACCUUGUCCUGCUGGGUUCUACGGGCAGAACUGCAGGAACAAAUGUGGUCACUGUAAGGGUCAGCAACCAUGUAAGGUCACAGAAGGACGCUGUGUUACCUGCGAGAAAGGCUGGAAUGGCACCAAAUGUGAUCAGAUGUGCGCGCCAGGCUUUUUCGGAGAGAACUGCAAGGACGAGUGUCCACCAUGUAAAGACGGCCAUUAUUGCAACCGGAUCGAUGGGAAGUGCUCCCACUGUAAUCCCGGCUGGAUCGGAGAUCGCUGUGAAGUUCGCUGUCCCAAUGGCACCUAUGGGGAGAACUGCGAGAAUGACUGCAGCCACUGCUUUAAUGGGGAAUGCCACUUCGCUACAGGAGAGUGCCUCUGUGAUCCGGGCUUUUAUGGGACUUUUUGCAAUCUAACCUGUGAGUCCGGCCAGUUUGGGGUAAACUGCGCACAAACGUGUCCGUGCCAUGAUAAAAACUGUAACCCGGUGUCUGGAGCCUGCAAUCUGUAUCCUAACCAGCGGAUGGGUGUGAUCGCUGCAGGCACGCUGGUGUCCUUAUUGCUGCUCAUCCUGCUCUCUCUGCUCUGCUGCUGCUGCCUCUGUAGCAACAAAGACCGCAAUAGUUCAGACCGGGAAAACUCGACCAGCAGUAAGAAGGCCAAGAGGAUCCUGUGUGGACGGUUUAGCCGAAUCAGCACCAAGCUUCCCAGAAUCCCACUGCGCAGACAGAAACUCCCCAAAGUCGUCGUAUCACGCCAUGACCCUGAGAACACCUUUGACUGCAGUUUCAUAGAGCCCCCAUCUGCCACCGAGCACCGGACUCCAUCCUGGUCCUCCCAGGAGUCCUUCUCCUCUUUUGAGACAAGUGAAGAUGGCCCAGUUUACUGCGUACCACAUGAAGAUACCAUAAAUGAGGGAAAUGCAAGACCCAGCCCCAAUGCCACUGCAGAGAAUCUAGUUCCUGUCAGUGAGGAUGAUGCUGGCGAAUACACCUCUCUCAAAGACACAAGAGUGACAACAAAGCCUGUCAAUGAUGGCAGUGAGCAGCCACUGCUAAAGUCAGACAGUGAAGGCUCCACAAGUGGGUCGGAGUCGGCUAUGGGACCUCUUUAUGCCCGAAUUGCCCGCCUCUCUAAGAAUUCCAAAGAAGAAGAGGACAGUAGCACAGCUGAGACCAAAGCCAGUGACAAGGCCACAUCCCCUGAAAAAACCAAACCCCGGCCACCAGACCCUUCUACCAAACCAAAGGUGUCUUGGAUCCAUGGAACUUCUGGAGUCAACCAAACAGAGAAGGGCCAAGCACCUUCCCCACCAAAAGAGAAGAAAAGAGCCACAACAGAAGGUUCUGGAAAGGGGGAGGAAAAGCAUCGAUCAAAGGACAAGUCAAGCAAGAAAUGUGAGCAGAAGAAUCAUGAUGGCAAGGGUGAUGGGAAUGAUUCCCCAAGGAAAACCAAAGCUCACAAAGCUUCAGAUCCCAUCGAGCACAUCAAUGGAGCUGUCCAGAAUGCCUUAAAGAAAAUUGGAAACUUCCACUCAGAUAGGAAAGGUAGUGACACUACCAAAGAGCCACCCAAGAGUCCAAAGAUCAUGCAUCCUCAUAUAAACUCAGAGGCGGCCACUCUUCUUGCCGCCCAGCUAAAAGAGAAGACCCAGAGCCUGAAUCGCAAUGAAGGGCUUUCAGUUGGAAUCAAACCCAAUGGGGUGUCUACCCCCCAGGCCAAUAGGGAGAAGCCCACGCCACCCCAGAAGGCCAAGCGAUCAGUGACUGUAGCCAACAAACCCCUUCUACCAACCUCUAAUAAUCUUCAGAAGAUGAUUGCUCCUGUAACAGACUCCAGCACCCCCGAGCCUCAAAGCCCAGAAAUGCAGGCCAUAAAUGGGACCCAGAUAGGAGAUGCAGGAGAUGCCACACCAAAGAAAACACCCAUUAAAAAACCACCUAGAAAGAAAGGCAAAGAGACAACCUUAGAGACAGAACCUAAGACCACUCCAAAGACGGCUAUUAUGCCACCUCAGAUUAUCAAAUAGACAAUUUAUUCGGAAAUAACUGGGCUGACCAUGCAGUGCCUGCUUGUAAUGAAUGAAGCCUUUGAUUUAAUACUUUCUUGUCUCAUGCUCAUGAUAAACAAACUGUUGGAUGGGUAUCAAAUGGAAUUGCCCCAUACUGGGUAUAUUAUUCUGCAAGAUGUUUUUUUUUUUUUUUUUUUUUUCUUCAAAUCUUUUGAUGUCCAGGACUAGCUUGGAGAAGGAACAGUCACUGGUUAACACAUCGUGCCUUGACGGUUGUACUGCUUGUACAGUUUUGAACAAAAUUCACAGUUGUAUAGUAGGUGGAAUUUUAUUUGAUAAAAUUUUAUACGCGGCCAAGUCUGCAUUUUCCAAACUGCAUACCGAUUUUCAUAUUGAUCAUUUUCAUGCCUUAUGACAAAAACGAAUUAUAUUAUCCACAGUAUAAGCAAAGGUAGUACUUUGCAUAUGUGAAUACGGUGGUACUAUCGUUAGUCAUAGUUGAGACACAAGCAGUUCUUCCACACCUAUCAUAUCAUAUCUUUUAAGAGAUUCUGUCAUUCUGUAACAGUUAUGAGUUGAUGUCUACAGAUUUCUCACACCAUAUUGAGACUAUAUUUCAAUAUGUAAGUAAAUCAGGUGAAACUUGUAAAACUUGACAGAAAGAUACCAAAAACAUAUGCUAUACAUCUUCUCUCAGCUAAAAAUUUGGAUACGAUGUUGGAUUGUGGCACGCAUAGAUGUUCUAGCAAACAGUGGAGACUACAUACAAUGCCUCUUGGAUGUUUAUGAGUGACAGAGGAACCAGUAAUACCAUAAUGCUGCUGUUAAAGAACAUACACGGUCAUUUUAUUUACUUUUCCUUCCAUUCAGUUAUUAUUUGAAUUGCUUACACUUUCAGAGAUCUCUCAUAGGUCAGAUGUCUAGGUCAGACUAUUUGUGGUUUUUCAGUAGUAAAGGAAUUAACAGCAGCAUAGAGAACAAUGUGAGGUUUUUGUUGCCUCAGCUCCAGUCACAGCAUGUGGACAACAGACCACGGACUGGCGAGAGAUUGAUAGACGGUGUCGCGUUACAGUUACAUAAACAAGUCUGGUGUUAUGUUAGAGGGCGAACUGCCAGAAAGAGGAUUAACAACCAACAAACUGUGCUAGUGAUUAUUUUUAACCAUAAAGUUUUUGGUUGUGUGUGGCUGUUUCAUGGGGUCCACAUUGUUCCUCAUCUGAUUCCCAGGACUGUCAGGCUUCUUACCAAUGAGUGCAGCUUACUAUAUUUUAUGGAUGUAUAAUAUACAGUGCAUUUACAAAUGGAUUGAAAUCCUUUAUACACAUCCAAAAACGCAUUUAUUGGAUGGUGUAUAAAGCAGUGAACAGCAUUAUAUGCCAGUAUAUUUAUUCCUCAUAUACAGCAACUACAAAACAUAUGCUGGUUUUGAGUUCAGUCAUCAGUAGUUGUUGAAGCAUCAUCUAUUCAGGGUUAAAACUGUACUGUUUUUAUUUAAUCAGUUAUAUAUUUUUUUUUAUAUUUCUCAAACAAGAAACAUUCUCAUAUAAUUAAAAAAAAUUAAUAAUUGGGAAAUAAAUUAAAAUGUAGCGAAAUUAAGUCAGUUGAUAAGAAAUAAAACACUUGGGGUGCGCUGUUGUAGGAAAAUAAUCAAUGAUGGUUUUGGUAUGAUGCUGCCUGACACUGUUAAUGUUAAAUACGUCGAUUAUUUUCCUAUAACAUAAUGUCCCAAACUGUAUUCUUCCGCUUAUACCACAGCAAACGCAAACUUUUUACAAAAAUGUUUUAAAGUAUGACACGUCAUACUAUUUAUCCAUUUAUAGUUCUGUUUAAUGUCAUGGAACAUCCAUGAAACAAGCGAGUUCCUGUGAACACUUUUGUUAUAGCAGCUAUAAAUAAUUGUUCCCUCACCAUCCUAUAUAUAUUUUUUAAGGAUGUCUUGAAGUUAAUAAGACGUCAGAUGUAUUACAGUGAGACUCACUGGUGUGUGUGUGUGUGUGUGUGUGUGUGUGUGUGUGUGUGUGUGUGUGUGUGUGUGUGUAUAACUGAUUAAAUAAAACAGUUUCUUCAGUUUAGCUAAAUAAAACGAUUUAAGCUUUUCUUAUCAAACCUGAAAAAAAAAUAAACUAUUACAUUAUAGAGUUAUUUAAAUAUUUCACAUCUUUAAGCCUUAAAGCACUUGUAGGUUAUUCUCGGAUCUGGGAAUUCUCUGAUCUAAGAGAUGACAGUGGCAGAAAGAUGCAUAUUAAAAACUGGACAGUUUUGGAAUUUUAUAUAUAAAUAUUUAGGCUCUGAUGGUUGUGUUGGAUGUGUAAUGAAAGAAACGAUAUUAUUGAAAUUUGAUGUACAGUAAGGAUUUUUUUUUUUAAUUAUUAUUAUUACCGUCAAUCUUUCUAUUAAAUGGUACCGCAAAUUUCCCUUUUUAUAAUGGUUAUUUUUCUACAUUGCAAGGUAUUUUGUAAUAAUAUUGUUAUCUAUGUUUGUAAGCUGUGCUUAUAUGACGUUUAUAAUAUUGUGCUCUUUCUUUUUGUUUCGUGUCAAAUGAACUGGCUUUCAAAUUUGAUACUUUUUUUUUUUUUUUAAACCCUCCUGCUUUUUUACAUUCAAGCAUCAGGUACAAACUUAUACGUAUGAACAAUUUACUUUGAAUGUGUUGUUUCAUCAUGUUUCUCUGUGGAUGUUAUUGUUUUAAACGGUAAAUCAUAUGAUGCAGAGGUCAGUGAGAGAACUUCAUCUACGCUUAAAACCGAGGUCCAGUGAUUGAUGACAAAGAACACAUUUUUAUGUUUUUGCACAGACCCUGAAACUGUUCCAGCUACAGUAAUAAGCCUGAGAUGUGUGUCAGAACUCUGUGUUUUCCACUCUGAGAGGCCUGUGCUGAAGCAUGGCCCUGAAUUGGUCUGGAUUUCUCACUUCAUUUGUGUUUGUUUUCAUGCUGUUAACGUGUGAUUGUUCAAUUACUUUGUGUUGAAAUAAAAAUUAAACCUGUAGCUCCUGAACCUGAA